UCCCCAAGUUAUUAUUUACCAUCCUUUUUCAGACACCUGCCAACCUCACUCCCAAACAAGUCACAAGAGAUCACCUGAAAAAAUAAUCAGCAAUACACAAACAUAUCGUCCUCUAAAGACAUCAAGGUACGUCUCAACCAGGAAAGACAAAUGCAUUAUCCAUCUUUACAUUCUUUCAUUUCCGACCCAAAUUUUCAUUCAGAGUAACUAACACCAUUUCCAGACCAUGUCUGAACCACACAAUUACAAGCAUUCUUACAACACUCGCAGUGAUUCAGCGUACGGACAAGGGAACGCAAACCCCAAGCCCAGCGGUGGUACAGCCUAUGGCAGCCCGAACAUGACACAAAAUUCUCGCAUUAUUUCUAGACCAAUCGACGAAAUCAUAACAUCUUAUGUAUCGAUCGCGCAAUCGAUCAUUUAUCAUCGGGGGAUAUUUGAUGAUGCGUUCAUAAUCACUAUACAGAAGCAACUCGAGGAAGCGAAAUCGCGAUUAGAUUCCGCUUAUGCAUUUGACAGGUGCGAAAAUUCGUCUCCCACACUGCAUGCAGUGCUUAAGCGUCAGAGGCUUGUGAUCAAGGCAGAUAAGUACUUUGAAGUUGUUGGGAUAACAAGCAGAAUAAUGGGGAUGUCUUUUAAAUUGAGGGACUUGGAUGCUCAGAUCAAGAAGUUGAUAGAGAGGGGACACUACUGGAAUGCUGAGAAAGUUCUAUUGAUGAAGGGGAUGACGGACGCGAAGAUGGAAAUUCUCGAAUUGCAGACUAGACUUCGUUUGCUCGAGCUAUAGGAGUGCUAUGGGGCUGCUGUUAAUUGGUUGGAAGAGGCGCCACUUACUGAAUGAAGUCACUUUUCUCUCU